AUGAACGCUUUUCAGCCAUUGCUGGUGGUGGUGGCGGCGGUGGCGCUCUGCAGUGCCCAGCAGCAGUCGUUCCGGUACGAGGAUGGCAUUCCGGAUACGCGUUGCCCAGUGUACGACAACCCGAUGAACCCGGUUCACCUGGCGGUGGCGAGCGAUUGCUCCAAGUUCCAGAAGUGCUUCAAUGGGCGGGCCUUUACGAUCGCGUGUCCACCCGGACAGGAGUUUGGCGAGCAGAUUCAGCGCUGCGACUACCCGGUGUUUGCCAAGUGCCGCCAGGGCUACGCGCAGCCCGAGCCGGCCGAGUUCCGGUACGAGGCGGGCAGCACCGACGUGCGCUGUCCCCGGUUCGAUGACCCGUUCCAUCCGUCCCAUUUGGCGCACCCGACCGAUUGCCGCAAGUUCUACAAGUGUUUCGAUGGCCGUGCCUUCGAGCUCCAGUGUCCGGAGGGGCAAGAGUGGGGCGGCAAUCUGAACCGCUGCGACUAUCCGUUCCUGGCACGGUGCAGCGAAAGGCAAGCGGAAGAGCGGAGCGACUCUGCGGACGAAGGGCCGACCAGACCCGAGCAGAAGGAUCAAUUCGUGCGGCCGGCUAAGGCCGAGUUCAGCUACAGUGCGGGCGUCGUGGACGCUCGCUGCCCGACGUACGACGAUCCGUACCGGCCGAUCCAUCUGGCCCACCCGACCGACUGCCGCCGGUUUCAGAAGUGUUUCGAUGGCCGCGCCUACACGAUCGAGUGCCCGCCGGGCCAGGAGUUCGGGAUGCGCAUCAACCGCUGCGACUACCCACAGUUCGCCCAGUGCUCGCUGCAGAAAUCGCGCAAAGCGUUGCCCUACUACGAUGACUAUUAUUACGAGGACGAGGAGGACGGCAUUCCGCUCGAUUCGGUCGAGUGGACUCCGGAGCAGCGGGAGAUGGUGGCCGGCAUCGUCGACGAACGCUGCCCAGAGAAGGACGAUCCGAGCGAGCCGAUCCACUUCACGCACCCGCGGGACUGCGGCAAGUUCUACAAGUGCUUCUACGGUCGGGCGUUCCUGAUCCAGUGCCCGGUCGGCCAGCACUGGAGCGUGCGGUUCGAUCGGUGCGACUACCCGAAGGUGGCCAAGUGCACGAUCCGUGGUAGCUGA